CCUCCUCAGGCCGGCCCCCCUCCCUCAGGCGGCCCUGCCCUCGCCCCUGCACCCCCAGGCCUUGCAAUCGCCCCCCCCCGCCCCCGCCCCGCCCCCGCCGAGCACCCCCUCCCAGCAAAAACCCCUUCUGCCCCGCCGGCCCCCCCGCCGAGCAUCCCCUCCCCCACCAGUCCCCAAACCGAGCAUCCCCUCCCCCACCCACGGAGCCCCCCGCCGAGCAUCUCCACCCCACGAAUGCCCCCUUCCCGCACUCCUUCGUUCCCUGUUUAGCGCCCCCUUCUAGCAAAUGCCCGCUUCUCUUUGCCCGCCAUUUAGCAAAAUCUUCCCGCAUUCAAUGCGCCUCCUCUCCCGCCCAGACCGCCCUGGUUUAGCAUCCCCACCAGCAUUUGCCCGGACCCGAACCCCCCUCCCCUUUUAGCAUCCCUUCCUAGCAGAUGCCUCCUCUUCCCCCAACCUUCUUAGCAUUCCCUCCCAGCAAAUGUCCCUUCUCACCGGGGGGCUCUCCGAUUUAAUCUCCCUACCGUCUUUUUCCCCAUAAUUAUCCUUUUUAGCACCCUCUCCCAGCAAAAAAAUUCUCACCCGGUUCUUCCCCUUCCCCCCCAAGUUUUCCCCCACUUAGCAUCGGCUCUGGCAAAAGACUUUCUCAGGUCAUAGGUCCUCCCCCCUCUCUAACCUCCCCCAGCAAAAUCCUUUUCCUGCCCUCCCCCCAACUCCUUGCAAUAAUCCCUUUUCUCAUAGGACCUCUCACUUCCCAUAGCUCAGAUCCAUAGUUUUCAGCAAAAGCCUCCCUCCAAGGAAAUCUCUCUUUCCACCUAAGUCACCCUUGUUUUAGCAAAUAUCCCUUCCUACCCAGGUUCCCCCCACCCCAGCAAAAAUUCCAUCUCCAAUCCCAAUACAAAUUCUUUCUUAAUUAAGUCUCCCCUUCAGCAAAACCCCUUUUGCUUAUAUCCCCCUUCCCACUGAAAAGCCUCCAAAACCCCUGUUGAAUAUCCCACCAAGUUGCCCCUUUCCCCUUAAUCUUGACCAUUCCCUCCCCUUCCUUCCACCGCCUGCUUUCAGGACCAGAAGGAAAAGCUGUUGAGCAGGCAAAAGAAAUUGGAUUUGUGUCUGAAAUUGGCACCCAGCACCCUGGAGGAAAGCCCCUGAUGGUCGGCCUGUCUGCCUUCUGAGCCCCCUCCCAAGGGCGCCUAAAACUGACCCCCAAGAGCCUUGGCUUGGCUCUUACUGGAAUCGGAUUGGGCCUUGAGGUCAUUUUUUGCCCACCUUCAAACCACGUCUUGGUCAGCUUGUUGGAAAUUAGAGAGCCGCUCUUGGCUAAGACGUGGACGUAGGGCACCAUGGACCAGUACAGCCUUGGGGAUGAUGGUGCCCUUCAGUCAGAGAUGCAUCUUCCUGGAUUUUCGGAGAGCCAGGGGCUAAACUGUAGUGACACCCUCAAUCGGGAUCUGUGCCCCAACACAAGAGACCUGCUCUAUGCUGGCCUGAGCAGCUUGGACCUAGACCCUGGCCUCCCAACGCCUGAUAUGGCCAGUGAGGCUCUGGAGGACAAUCUCGAUGCCCUCUCCUUAUAUUCAGGGAAGGAGGGGGACUCGGCAAAGCUGCUGGAAGAGUAUGCUGAUUCGGACUCACAGCCUUCCUUGCAGGAUCUAGGGCUGGGCGUUCUGAAGGCGUCGAAGGAGGCGGACGAAGGAGGCAGGGCCAGCUCGGGCAGUGCCAGGAAAGGAAAGCGUCAGCACAGCUCCCCCCAGAACCCGUUCCUGGAUUGCAGCCUCUGUGGAAAGGUGUUCAGCAGUGCCAGCUCCCUUAGCAAACACUACCUGACACACAGCCAGGAAAGGAAACACGUUUGCAAAAUCUGCAGCAAAGCGUUCAAACGCCAGGACCACCUGACAGGACACAUGCUGACCCAUCAGAAAACCAAACCCUUCGUGUGCAUUGAGCAGGGCUGCAGCAAGAGCUACUGUGACUAUCGCUCCCUGCGCCGGCACUAUGAAGUGCAGCAUGGCCUGUGUAUCCUGAAAGAGGCUCCCCCUGAAGAGGAAGCCUGCGGAGACUCGCCCCAUGCCCAUGAGGCAGCCAGCCAGCCUGGGCCCAGCAGCCUCCGACCCCUGGUGCCCUCUGAGGCCCGCUCCCCCAGCUCCCUCCUGCCCAACCGAGACCUGCUUCGCUGCAUUGUGAGCAGUAUUGUCCACCAGAAGCUUCCCUCACCUGGCCCUGCCACUGCAGGGGCACCAGAUAUUGAUGGGAGGGCCUCCCUGGGCCCCUGUCCGCCCUCUGCAGGCUCUGUUUCCUGUACUCCUGCCAGUGCCCUGGCACCUACAGGAGCCCUGGGCAUUGAGACCCCCGAGGAGCCUCGUCCCCCAAGAAAGGAUGCUGCUCCCUCUGACAUGUUCACGGUUAUCCAUUCGGGGAAUUUGGCAGCAAUGGCUCCAGGGGGAGAGAAUGGAGCCUCUGACCCAGCUGAUUCAGAACUGCCUUUUCUCCCACUUCCAUCUGCUGGGCUUGAAAGUUGGUCUGAUGGGGGAACCUUGCCAUGCUUGCCUCUCUUCCGAGGUCAGGCAGUCUCAGCCAGCUCCCAGCCAUCUAGUCACAACUUCCAGUGGGUCAGGAACCUGCCUGGCUGCCCCAAGAGCAAAGGGAACAGUGUUUAUGUUGUCCACAAGCCGCCUGCGGUCUCUGCUCGGGAUGCCUCGGAGCCAGGGCCUGGGCCUGGGGCUGUGUCCCCUCUGUUGGACCCUUUAGCUCCAGCGGGCACUGGUCCAGAGGAUGUACUCUCUUUCCCUCCCACGCUUCUGAAGGCACCAGGGGAUGCCUUGAGUGAUGCCAGGUUUGCUGGUGGGGAGGACAGCUCCUGGCCCUCCCAGAGGAACAAGUAUGACUGUGAGCCCUUCCCCUGGCAGAGUCCAGGGGAGCUGGGCCUCCAGGAUGUGCAGAAGCCAAGUGGGCUCCCACCCGAGAGUACCCCACUGUUCAGGCAGCUUUUCCUCAAGUCCCAGGAGUCCCUGGUGAGCCAUGAGCAAAUGCAGGUUUUUCAGAUGAUCACCAAAUCUCAGAGGAUCUUCUCUCACACCCAGGUAGCAGCAGCUCCCUCUCAGCUCCCACUCCCAGAGACCAAGCAGGCUUUGCUGAAACCGCUGCAAGGUGUGUGGCAGCAGCCUCUGGCCCCAGGGGCCGACUCAUUCCAUGCUCUCCCUGGAAACCCAGAACAGGAGGGGUCGCCGGCCCGCAGGAGAAAGACCCAGGCCCUGUUUCCAAGAGAGUCUUCACCUGGAAGCACAAGGCGGGACUCCAAGGGAGGGCCAAAAGGGGCCCCUACUUUGCCUUCCCUUGGGUCAUCCCUGGACCCUUGUGGGAAUCCAGAUCCUUCGAUAACCAAGCAGUUGCGGUCGGCAAAAGGGAAUGUGGGUCUGGGGGAUGUUUUUUCCCCAGCUCAUACCCGGCCGUCUCCGUCUGGGGCAGAAGAGCCAUCUGGAGGCCAGUUCCAUUCAAAGCUGUCUCAGGCAGAGAAUGGAGCCUCCUCGGCCACUAAAAGUGACAAGAGUCAGGCCUGUGCCAGAGAAAUGGGCUAUCGACUCUUCUCUGGCAGCACCCGGGCCCAGCGAUUCUCCGGUUUCCGCAAGGACAAAGUGAAGAUGGACAUGUGCUGUGCGGCGUCUCCAAGCCAGGUAGCCAUGGCUUCCUUCUCCUCGGCCGGAGCCUCGGCAGACCCCGCGCGGGACAUGAAGUCUAAGCUGACCAUCUUCAACAGGAUCCAAGGUGGAAAUAUCUACAGACUGCCCAACCCAGCGAGGGAAGAGAGCUUGGUGACAGGAUGUGACCAGCUUAAUGGCGUCUCUCCAGCCUGGACCGAGCCCAGGAGCUCCUACGUCUGCAAGAACUGUAGCCAGAUGUUUUACACUGAGAAGGGGCUGAGCAGCCACAUGUGCUUUCACAGUGACCAGUGGCCAUCACCGAGAGGGAGACAGGAGCAACAGGUGUAUAGUGCAGAGUAUUGCAAACCCCAGAGAUUGGUCCUGAGGCCAGAGGGGGAGGGACAAAGUUCCCCAGGAGCCAAGAGGCCCUUAGAAGACCUCGCUGCAGCGCCCUUGGUGACCCCCGUGUCUGUCCCUGUGCCAGCUGGGAGCAGACCCCCAGGGAGCCUGGCCAAGGGACAUGAGAGGGCUAGCCGGGAAGAGAGAGACACUAAGGAAACCAGCCAACACAGAAAAAGAAAAAAACGCCCCCAGCCCAAGGCAUUAUUUAUCCCUCCUCCAACCUCUGUCUUUGGAGAGAUUCAGCCAGGCCCUGGUGGCUGCUAUCAGAGCUGCCUUCGUUCACCUGUGUUCCUGGUUGACCAUCUCCUGAAGGGUUUAUUCCAGUGUUCUCCAUAUACACCACCUCCAAUGCUUAGUCCAAUCCGUGAAGGGUCAGGACUGUAUUUCAACACUCUCUUCUCCACGUCUAGUCAUUCUGGUCCCGACAGGCUUUAUGGGGCUGUGCUGGACCAAGUGGAUGGCUCUUUUGGAAUUGCUGUGGUCAAAGAUGACACCAAGAUCAGCAUUGAACCACACAUCAAUAUAGGGAGCCGGUUCCAGGCAGAGAUACCGAAGCCCAGAGAGAGUUCUCUGGCAGAAAGCGACCAGCAUGGUGCUUCACUGGUGUGGAAGCCGUGGGGAGAUGUGAUGACCAACCCAGAUACUCAAGACAGAGUGACUGAACUGUGUAAUGUGGCCUGCUCCAGUGUGAUGCCAGGAGGCGGGACCAAUCUGGAACUUGCACUGCACUGCCUGCAUGAGGCCCAGGGUGAUAUACGGGAUGCUCUAGAGACCCUGUUACUCAGAGGACCCCAGAAGGCUCCGUCUCAUCCUCUUGCUGACUAUCGUUACACAGGUUCAGAUAUCUGGACUCCUGUGGAGAAGAGGCUGUUUAAGAAGGCUUUUUGUGCUCAUAAGAAGGAUUUUUAUCUGAUACACAAGACGAUUCAGACAAAGAAUGUGGCCCAGUGUGUUGAGUAUUACUAUAUCUGGAAAAAAAUGAUAAAGUUUGACUGCGGCCGAGCCCCAGGGCUAGAAAAGAGGGUCAAGAGAGAGCAGGAUGAGGUGGCCUGCAGUCCUCGAGACCGGCUCAGUCACCGGCCAACCCCAGAGCUGAAGAUCAAAACUAAGAGUUACAGGAGAGAGGCCAGUGUCACCUCCAGCCCCACCAUUGGCCCCAAGAGGACACCUGAGCCGCCAGGGAGUGCUGAGAGCCAGGGGGUGUUCCCAUGCCGGGAGUGUGAGAGGGUAUUUGAUAAGAUCAAGAGUCGGAAUGCCCAUAUGAAGCGCCAUCGCCUGCAGGAACACGUGGAGCCUCUGGUCAGAAUGAAGUGGCCCGUGAAGCCCUUCAGGAGUGAGCCUCGAGAGGAGGAAGAUGAGGAGGAAGCUGGGGCCGAGGGGGGCCCCCUCCGGUGGUGAUGUGAAGAAAAAGGCCAGGGCCUCAGAAAAGCCAGCCCCAGCUCCCAGCCAAGGCGUGUGUGCGUGUGCACGAGGCUGCUGGGGCACAGCUGUCUCUCUCCUAGGCACAGCCCAAUGGGAAGUAUGCCCCUGGCAUGGCCACGGCUUCUCUUUGCUGCCCCAUUGGAUAGCCCAGAUGUCCGAUGGGGCAGCCAUGUCCUAUGUUGGGUCAUAAUUGGGAACUGGGCAGGGAAAGCACAGAGUCAUCACAUGCUUCUUAAGGUCUUGUGAUGUGCUCUUGGAGGUUCGGCACCAUUUAGUUGGGUGACCUCUCCCCUUUUUCCAAUCGUAUCUCUGGGGGGGAGGGGGUAGAGAAAAGACAAAAAAGUUGGAUCUGAGUAGCUCUUAAAUCUUUGCCUAAGUUUUGGGGUUUGUUAUUUUUGUUGGAAAAGGCCAAGAUUUCAGAGAAUCAGUGGGAAAAUACCUUCAUAUCGAUGACAUAUCAGGGCCUCCCUCACAUGGGGAGGAACCUUCUGCAUUGAGUCCAAGGUCCUAUGGUGACUUGUACAUUGUUUGGUUUUUUUGUACGUGCCUACUGUAUAGCUUAUUAAAUAGGGUUUUUGAAUGGC